CGUACAUCAGUCGCGAGUGCACGUCGAAAGUAUACUCACUUUAAUCAAAACAAAGCGCUUUUCGUCUUACUGUCAUACCUUGAUGUCAACAAUCCCAUUUCGUAGCUUUGAUUAAAAUAACUACGGUGUGAACAGGUUUCAGGGGGGUUAUCCGAAUUUGGCCAGAUAAGUGAUUCCUCGUCUUUUAUGCCUCAAAAAACUUGCAUGACAUGUAUGUGUAUCUGAAUAUAAGAAUUUGUAUAAGCGGUUAAGCAUGUGACAUUAAAUCUAACACCUGUGAAUACAUGAGCGAAUAAUUGCAUAAGWGGUAGUGAAUCUUAAAGCCUUUUUCAGAAAUUUAUGCAAGCUUAGAAAAAACUUUCUUUACUGCAAACAAAUUAAGCGAACUUUAAUUAUGAAUAUUUCAAAAAUCUCUUUGGAAACACCAAAAUCGGAUUUAGAUUUCGGUGAUAAGCAAGAAGCUAAGCAACCGAGUGCUUUGAAAAUGGCCAGUAUGACCAGAAGACGUUCCUCAGCAGCAUCUACAUGUUCAUAUAGCUCAGCAUGCUAUACUGGUAGCUCAGAUGAAGAUAAUGUGUCCCCGCGCGAAAACAGGCAGAGCAACAGCACAGGUAGUUCAGAUUUUUGUGUAAAAAAUAUAAAUGCACAACAAGCUUUCGGAAGGAGAGAAAUCGAAAUAGCAGAAAAAGAAAUGCCGGGGAUAUUGGCAUUGCGAAAGCGCGCUUCAGAGGAUAAGCCCCUCAAAAAUGCACAGAUUGUGGGUUGCACACAUAUAAAUGCCCAAACAGCUGUGCUUAUUGAAACAUUAGUUGAAUUAGGAGCUUCCGUUCGCUGGGCAGCAUGUAAUAUAUACUCCACACAGAAUGCGGUAGCUGCAGCGCUUGCGGAGGUUGGUAUUCCCAUAUUUGCAUGGCGUGGUGAGACUGAAGAAGAUUUCUGGUGGUGCCUUGACAAAUGUGUCAACUCUGAAAAUUGGCUUCCAAAUAUGAUACUGGAUGAUGGUGGCGAUGCCACUCAUUUAAUGUGGAAGAAAUAUCCAAUUAUUUUCAAGGCGAUUAAAGGCAUUGUCGAAGAGAGUGUGACUGGUGUUCAUAGAUUGUAUCAAUUGGUGAAGACAGGAAAACUAACCGUGCCUGCAAUAAAUGUUAACGAUUCCGUAACAAAAGCAAGGUUCGACAACUUCUAUAACUCAAAAGAUUCAAUUUUGGACAGCCUGAAAAGAUCAACAGAUAUUAUGUUUGCUGGCAAACAAGUAGUUGUUUGCGGCUAUGGGGAUGUUGGAAAAGGUUGUGCACAAAGUCUUCGAGGACAAGGCUGCAUAGUCUAUGUAACCGAAAUUGAUCCAAUAUGUGCGUUGCAAGCAAGUAUGGAUGGAUUUCGCGUAGUUCGCUUAAAUGAAAUUAUUCGUCAAAUGGACAUUGUUGUUACGGCUACUGGCAACAAAAAUGUGGUUAACCGAGAGCACAUGGAUCGUAUGAAAUCGGGUUGCAUUGUUUGUAAUAUGGGACAUUCUAAUACCGAGAUCGAUGUGAAUAGUUUGCACUCUGCUGAACUGUCGUGGAUGAGAGUGCGCUCUCAGGUAGACCACGUAAUUUGGCCCGAUGGUCGAAUAAUUAUCCUUUUAGCAGAAGGACGUCUUSUUAAUUUGGCUUGUUCGUCGGUUCCAUCAUUUGUGGUAUCAGUUACAGCUGCAGCGCAAGCGUUGGCUCUCAUAGAGUUAUUCAAUGCACCGGUUGGUCGUUAUAAAUCUGAUGUCUACCUGUUGCCUAAAAAAAUGGAUGAAUAUGUCGCAAGUUUACAUUUACCCAUACUAGAUGCUCAUUUGACAGAACUUACCGAUGAGCAAGCCAAGUACCUAGGUCUAAAUAAGGCUGGGCCAUUUAAGCCUAACUAUUAUAGAUAUUAAAUAUAAUAAGCCUUUAGUAACAAACCCUUGUUACAUACUAUAUACAUGCACGUAUGUAUAGCUAUAUGAUUAUUAUUGUAUUACAUAUAUUUUAUAUCUGUAUGAGCCAAAAGCUGAUAUACGUGUGAGCUAUUCUAAUUUGGUUGCAAAAAUAUAACUUCCAUGUUAACAUCGAGA